AUGUCAACAUCGUCGGAAAGGGUGGAAUGGGUGGAAAUCAUCGAGCCCAGGACGAAGGAGCAUAUGUACGCCAAUCUAACCACGGGCGAGUGUGUGUGGGAUCCGCCGGAGGGUGUCAACAUAAAGCGCACCGAUGCGUCGCAGUGGUGGGAACUGUUCGACACGAACACGUGCCGGUUCUACUACUACAACGUCGCCUCACAGAAGACGGUGUGGCACCGGCCGCAGAACUGUGAUAUUAUCCCGCUGGCCAAGCUGCAGACGCUGAAGCAGAACACGGAUCCGAGCGAUCGCAAGGAGGGUGGCACACUGCCGCACCACCAUCACCACCAUCAUCACCACCAUGGCAGUGGCGGCAGCGGUGGCAGUAGUAGCGGUGGCGGCGGCGGCGCUCUCGGAAGUUUGGGUUCCAUCGGCCCCACGAAGCUGGGUGGCGGCGGCGGUGGCGGCAGCGGAACGGUGGGCAAGUCUUGCGGCCAUCGGACGGCGACGGGCGUGACGGAUUACCGGGAUCGCGGCGACCAUCACCAUCGGAGCUCGAGUUCCGGCCAUCGGCGCGGAGGCGGCGGGCCGCUCGACCAGCGCAGCAACAGCGAACUCCUGGCCAGCCCCCAGGGAAGGCACAGCCUGCAGCACAGGUUGCCGCCGAAAAUCAUUACCUCGCCACUGACUGAUGGCAGCCACUCGUCGAUCGGUCGGCUGGAUUCGCACAAAUUUUGCAGACACGGACAUCACGGACCGCAACCGUGCAGUGGCAGCGGCUGCGGCGGCGGUCGGGGCGGGUGUGGUGCGAAUGGCAGUUUGGCAACACCACCGCCACCACCACCGCUGCUGUCGUCAGGAUCGAUGCGCAGCAGCCAGCGCUAUCAUCAGCCGGCGAUCGGUGUCACCAAUCACUACCACCACCACCAGCACCACCCACACCAUCAUUACGCCGCCUCCCAGCAGCAGCAGCAGCGGAACCACCCGGAGCGGGGAUCGAUCCGAUCGACGGACGGUAGCCUUUCGAGCAGUUACCGAAGAUUGCACGGGGCCGCCGACAGCAGUGUCGCCCCCGAGCAGUCGUCGACGGGCGGCAGUCUACUGCGGUACGGCAGCGGCGGUUCCAGUGGCUACGGCACCAACGGGGGUGGCCACGGUGGUGGUGCUGGUGGUGCCGGAGGUGGUACGGGUACGGGUAGAAAGCACAAUGUCGACAGUAGUAGUGGCUACCGGAUGCUGCAGGAAAGCUCCAGCUCACACAACAUUCCCCACUCGGUGAUAGUUCCUUCACCUUCGACCGGAGCAGCACCAGCGACAGCAGCAUCGUCCAUCAGUAGCACCGAAAAGCUGGCCACCCUGUCUUCCCUGCACCAUACGCCCGCGUUGCCACCGCCGCACCACCAGAUGCUGUCCUACUCGGUGUCGAAUUCGUCGGAUCUGGCCGGCGGCGGCGGCAGUCUUUCGUCUCCAUCGCACUCGAUGAGCACGCCACAGUUCAAGAAAAAGUUCAUGCACGACGGAGGAGUCGGUUCAUCCAAAUCGUCCUCGAAGGAGGGAAACCUGGGCGCUGGAGGAAUGGUGUCCAAGCACGAAAGCUUCGACUACGGUGGAAAUCCUGCCGCAUCGUCGAUCGCACUGACACGCUCCGGAAGCUUCUUGUCGUCGGCUGGAAUCACCAGUGGUGGUGUCGGUGGAUCGAGUGCCCACGGAACACCGACAUCUGGCCGACCGUACGGCGGUACUGGUGGCCCGACCGGAAGUGGUGGCAGCCAUCACUCUUCCGGGGGAUCGCAUCGUAAGGGAAGCUUCGAGGGCAAUGGAGGUGCCGGCGGAACCGGUGCUGGAGGUGGUGGUGCCGGUGCUGGUGGAGGAGGCAGUGACGAUUCGAUGCACGAGAAGUACUUCAAGUCGGUUGAAAACACGCCCCUUAGCCGGCGGCGCCACUCGUCCUCGUCCAAAUCUCCGCUGCAGCAGCAGAAACAGUCGAGCGAUUCUAGUCCACAAAGUCCACUCAGUCCACCCCAGCAGCAGCAGCAGCAGCAACAGGCCAAAGUGCAGCGUCCUUCGGCACUGUCCGUGGAGCUGGCGCCACCGUCGCCCGGCAGCAGUUACCAGCAGCAGAGCACCGGCAGCAGCAAAUCUAGUCACAAAGCGAGCAAUAGCAACAACGCCGCAUCCGAGAACGAGCCAAAGUUUGGCAAUGCGGACGGUGGUGGCGGUGGCGCUGGGAUGUCGGACAAGUAUCUGGACAAGGUGCGGCUCGAUCAACGACCGGGCAAGAUUUCGCCCGGUGCAGUUUCGCUCGGGGGCAAGCAAUCGCCAUACCUGGCAACCGGUGGCGGUAUUGGCGGAGGCUCGGCAGCUUCCUCCUCUAGUCAUCUGCUGGAUCAACCGCCACCGAACAGAGGCAAGCAGCUCCAGGGGCUCCAGGGCGACAACGGACCGGCUCCCGGUGGAAAGGAUCAAUUUUCGCUCAAUCUCAAUCAACCGAAUCUUGAGCGGCACAACAAGGAAAUGCUUCGGCAGCACGAACAACAAACGCUCGAAAAGAAACCGGGAUCCGGAUCGACGCAGACCGUCGCCUCGAACAGCUCGUCAACGGCGAAGCACGGGAUGAAAAAGUCCCGGAACUACAACAACCACGGCGGCCACGGUGGUCACGGUCACGGUGGAGGUGCUACCGCUUUGUUCGAUUUUGAUUACGACAACGGCAACACAUCGCCGUUGUACUGCAAUUGGGAUAAGGAAAUGCAGGAACAUUUACUUCCGCUGCAGCACUACAUACUGGAGCAGGCGAAACUGUCCGGCUCGUACGGUUUCGGUGAGCUAGACUCGGAUUCCUUCCACUCCGACAGCCAAUCGGAGCACUCGUUCUCCGGCCACGAGCCUGACAACGAAGACUCGGAUCACUCCGAUGGGCACGGCGAUUAUCUGGCACACUACCCGUACGAGGAGUACGGUGCCCGGCACGCCCAGGACGGUGGCGUUUCGUACUACAACUUUGAGUUCAACUUCGGUGACCGCGAAGAAAAGGAGGACAUAUCCGAGGAGGUCACUGCCAAGUUGGAGAGCAUUCCAGAUCAGAUCUACAGCCCGGUCAAGAACCAUCCGCCGCUACACAAGUACCCGGCGUCAGCAUUCCAAGCCCCCAAACACGAUGUGGUGGGACCCGUCGCCGAUGCCAUCGAUCGUGGCACUGCUAACGACAGUGCCCGAUUAGGUGGCAUUGCGACGUUUGGAUCGAAAACUUCCUACCUACAGCAGAUGGCUGGACAGAAACAGCAGCAGCAGCAGCAGCAGCAACAGCAGCAGCAGCUCCAGCACCAACAGCAGCUAGGGAUCGCAGGACAGCAACAACAACAAAAACUCACCAAAGCUACCCUGCUGCAACGCUUCCAAGAUAAUCUGUCGCUGGGCCACAGUCCAGUGUCGGGCAGCAACGGCAAGAUAGCGGAGAUGGCGCUGCUUAAGGAGUGCGACAUUGAGAAGUUCGCCCAGGACAACCUGAAUCUACACUCGAAGGGGAUUUUCCGGAAGAAAUCGUCCGUACGGGAUAUGCUCAGUUGGACGUCGAACGCGAUCAGCCGGCCAAUGUUGUCGCUAGCACGGGAUAAAGCGGGCAAGAAGAUGGCCACCGAUCUGUUCAAGCUGGUGCAGAUCUACAUGGGUGAUCGUAAGGCGCGAAUCGGUAUGAGCCUUAACUCGGUCGCGAUCGACAUCGUCACGAUGGCGAUGGCACAGGCGCAGCUACGGGACGAACUCUACAUUCAGAUGUGCCGCCAAACGACGGAAAACCCGAGCCGCGAAUCGCUGAUCCGUGGCUGGGAGCUGAUGGCGAUCUGCCUUUCGUUCGUGCCACCAUCGCCCACGUUUCAACCGGCCCUGCUGGGCUACAUUAACCGACAUCGGGAUCCGUCGUUUGCCACGAGCUUCCCGGAGGUCGGCAAAUGGCCGAUCCACGUGCAAAUUUCGCACUACGCUACGAUCGCAUGCAGACGCCUGGAUCGAAUCGGCAGCUCGGGUCGGAAGCAGGCCAAACGGCCGACCGAAGACGACAUCAAUCAAGCGCGGGAGCAAAUCUUCCGCGACAGCAUGUUCGGCAAUACGCUGCAGGAGGUGAUGGAGCUGCAGCGGGAACGCUUCCCCGAUCGGCAACUACCGUGGAUUCAAACGACACUGUCCGAGCAGGUGUUGCUGUUGAGCGGAAAACAGACCGAGGGCAUUUUCCGUGUACCGGCGGAUGUGGAUGAGGUUAACAUGCUGAAGAAUCGGAUCGAUCGUUGGGAAUUUCCGGAAAACAAGGGAACGAUGGACGCUCAUGCUCCGGCUAGUUUGCUGAAGCUGUGGUACCGUGAGCUGUACGAUCCUUUGAUACCGGAUGAGCUGUACGACGAGUGCGUCCAAACGGAGGACCCAGCGGAGGCGGCGGCCAUUGUCGAAAAGUUACCAAAGAUCAACCGAUUGGUUUUGACGUUUUUGAUACACUUCCUGCAACAGUUUGCACUGCCGGAUGUCGUUGCCAACACGAAGAUGGAUUCGUCGAACCUGGCGAUGGUGUUUGCGCCGAAUCUGCUCCGAUGCCAGUCGCAGGAUCCAAAAGUGAUCCUCGAGAAUGCCCGCAAAGAGAUGACGUUUAUGCGCACGUUGAUUCAGCAUAUGGAUACGGCCAGCGUAGCGUACAUGGUUUAA